AUGUCUUCGAAAUCGAAAUUGACCUACAGCACCCGUGCCAGCACCCACCCCAAUGUCCUGGUGAAGAAGCUCUUCGAGGUCGCCGAGGCCAAGAAGUCCAAUGUGACCGUUUCCGCUGAUGUGACGACUACCAAAGAGCUUCUCGACUUGGCCGACCGUCUUGGUCCCCAUAUUGCCGUGAUUAAAACGCACAUCGAUAUCCUCUCCGACUUUAGCAAUGAAACCAUCACCGGUCUGAAGGCUCUGGCUGAGAAGCACAACUUCCUCAUCUUCGAGGACCGCAAAUUCAUCGAUAUUGGCAACACGGUUCAGAAGCAAUACCACGGUGGUACUCUGCGCAUCUCCGAGUGGGCACACAUCAUCAACUGCAGCAUUCUUCCCGGCGAGGGCAUCGUGGAGGCUCUGGCUCAGAGCGCCUCGGCCGAUGAUUUCCACUACGGACCCGAGAGGGGAUUGUUGAUCUUGGCCGAAAUGACCUCCAAGGGAUCGCUGGCAACAGGCGAAUACACCAAGGCGUCUGUGGACUACGCGCGGAAAUACAAGAACUUUGUUAUGGGAUUUGUGUCGACGCGAUCGCUGGGCGAGGUGCAGUCGGAGGCCACAUCCCCGUCUGAAGACGAGGACUUUGUCGUUUUCACGACGGGAGUGAACCUCUCGUCCAAGGGAGAUAAACUGGGACAGCAGUACCAGACGCCCGAGUCAGCCAUUGGGCGCGGAGCGGACUUUAUCAUUGCGGGACGCGGAAUCUAUGCGGCGGCGGACCCGGUUGAAGCGGUGCAGCGGUAUCAAAAGGAGGGAUGGGCUGCGUACGAGGCCCGCGUGAGUGCAUAA